CCACAGGGAGGACCUAGAGGAUGUGCUAGCUGACACCCAUCCUGGGGACACUCUCUGUGUGUCUGUGAGAUGCUUGAGGGUGUUUUGGAUAUACUGAACAACGUUCACACACUCUUCCUUUAGGUGUUCUGUGCUCUGAGUCCACACAAUGCCACGGGAAGAGGCUCACUUCGGCUACCCCAGGAAGGGCCACAGCCACUCCUACGUCACCGCUGAAGAGGCUGCAGGGAUUGGCAUCCUGACUGUGGUCCUGGGAAUUGCUCUGCUCAUCGGCUGCUGGUAUUGUAGAAGACGAAGUGGAUACCGAACCUUGACCGAAAAAAGGCUACAUGCUGGUACUCAAAGUAUCCUGAAGGGAAGAUGCCCGAGUGAACAAUACUCAUGUGAUGGUCUUGGUCAUCAGGACAGUCCAUUGGCUUUUCAAGAAAAAACCCAUCAGCCUGUGGUUCCCAACGCUCCACCUGCCUAUGAGAAGCUCUCUUCAGACCGGUCACCACCACCAUAUGCACCCUGAGCGCCAGCAAGGGGCCAAGAAUGCUGAGAUGAUUCCCCUCACACUUUCGC